AUGCAGCUUCUUGAUGAAUACUCAUCCAUCUACCAAGACAGCACGGAUUCAUCUUUGUCGCGUAAACCUGAUGUAUCCGUAAGCACUGCAACAAACAGUGUUUACUCGUUGUCGCUUUCUCAGCAUAGCACAGGUCUUGCAGUGGAAGGUAGCACUUCCGUUGUUGGAAAUGGGCUAAAGGCAUCUGAACUUCGUAAAACGAAAGUCGGGAUGCCGAGGAAGAGUUUGAGUUUGCAAACAAGCGCUGAGACUCUCAAUCAAGGGUUGGGUUUUGAAUCCAUGCCGUUGGUUGGUCGUGGCAAGGAAGUAUCUCAACUCAAGCACUGCUUUGAUCGUAUGCUUCAACAAAUACCCGAAGACUCGCAGUCCUCCCUCGAAAGCAAAAAGGAACUUGUCCUUGUCAAAGGAGAAAGUGGAGCUGGCAAGUCAGCAGUUGCCAUGACUCUUGAAAAAGAGGUAUUGGAACAUGCCGACGGGAUUUUUGUUCAAGGCAAAUUCGAUAUGAAUACUAGCAGCAAGCCGUACUCUGGUAUCUGCAAAGCCUUUGGUGCCCUGUGUCAGAAAAUCAUGGAUUCGCCAGCCGAGGCAGUAUGCACUGUGCAAGCUGCCAUCCAUGAGCAAGUUGGAAAUGACGCUGACCUACUAGUUCACCUAGUUCCAGAACUGAAAGGCCUGCUCACCGAUCCUGUUAACGAUCCGGCCGUCACAAAUGUUGGUGCUGAUGCAGUGCAGGGCGGACUAGAGCGCGUUCGCUUUAGUUUACGUGUCCUGAUGAGAAUCUUCAGUUCCACUUUCUCUCCAUUGGUCAUCUUCUUGGAUGACCUGCAAUGGGCAGAUGUGUCAUCUUUGCAGGUGCUGGAAUUCUUAUUGUCAGAUACUCAAAAUGAUAACCGUCUGAUGAUCAUUGGCUGCUACAGGUCUGAUGAAGUGGACGAGAAUAGUUUGCUGCAUAACAAGAUUGCUGCUCUUCAAGAAAUGACAACAAAGUACAAUUUCUGCGUUACGGAAGUUUCUGUCGGCGCCUUUGGACUCAACGAAAUUGAGCAAGUGGUUUCAACCUUGCUGCCGAACCCAAACGUAUCUGCAAGGCUUGGUCUUGCCAAAAUCUGUCUGAAGCGGACUCUUGGAAAUCCCUUCUUUGUGUUGGAGUUUUUGAAGAUGCUACAUCAAGAAGGAUUGGUGCAACGCCAUACCGAUGCUUCCAAAGCAUUUACAUGGAAUGUGGACAAGGUCGACAAUGAAACUAUGGCUACUGCGAAUGUGACCGUCAUGCUUCACAAUCAGCUGACAAAAUUGCCACAGCAAGUACAAGCACUAUUGCAAUGCGCUGCUUACCUGGGAUCCACCUUCACUGAGUCGACCAUCGAUCUUGUGUGGACAGCCUAUGGUCGUCGCCUUGUCGAAACCAAACUCGAGCGUACUGUUGCUUUGCUGGAAAUCAUCGUGAAAGAGGAGGUCCUGGAAAAGUAUGCUAACAGCAAAUACCGAUGGGUACACGACAAGCUCCAAGAAGCGGCCCUCUCACUUACCGGCAAGCAGCGCGAGUCUUUCCAGCUGGAUAUUGGUCGCACUUUGUACUACGGUUUGAAUAGGAAACAGGUGGAAGAAGAGCUGUUUUCCGUUGUAGAUCUUAUCAACAAUGGAAAUGUAUUGCAGCUUACCGAAUUUGCAAGUGCUAACUUAAGGGCUGCUGAGAAGGCGAGGGACUUGUCAGCAUACCAAUCCGCAGCAGAGUAUGCAGCACAUGGAAUCGCCCUACUGGAGGAUGACAAGUGGUCGUCGGAUCGACUUUUGACCUUGAAGCUAUAUACUAUGGGAGCCGAAAUGGAGGCCAUGUUAGGCAAUGUCGAUGCCACCAAUCGCUACACUGAAGAAGUCCUUGCGCAAGGUGAUUUCGAACAAUUGGAAAUCGUUCCUCUGAAAAUGGCAAAGGCCAAUAUGCUUCAUCAUGAUUUCAAGUUUGACGAAUCGGUGAACUUCUGCAUGCAAAUACUUCGGGAUCUUGGCUGCAAGGUAGCAUGGGCAAGACGAUUGGUACCAGUUCAAGCAAUUGUCACGCUAAUGCGCCUCUCAAAGAGGGCAAAGGCCCUGCCCCAAAGCUUCUACGACAAGUUGGUUCCUAUCAAAGACCCAAGGCAGAUGGCAAUCGCUUCUGUUUUCUCAAAAUUGGUGACUUACUCUUUUUUCAAGGGGGAUAUGUUGUUGUACACUUUGCUUAACUGUAGACUGCUAGAGAUGACUCUCAAUCAUGGAAUCAAUGAGUUCUCUGCCAAGAGCUUCGCAUCAAUUGCUGGGACACUAAUCAUUGCAAACGAAGAUUAUGAAACGGCUACUACAUUCAACAAUAUUGCUCUUUCUAUGAUCAAAAAGUUCCGAGGAAUGCAUGCUAGUGAAACAACAUACCUUGCCUGUGGCCCAGGGCUGGCAUGGGUAAUACCAUUUGAGGAGAUACAAGUAACACUGAGAAGUGCUGUUGCAGAAGGUCUUAGAGAAGGUGACUCUAUGGCAGCGAUGUGGAAUCUCUUGACAUCCCAUGUGGAUUUACCUUAUGCAAUGGGUAGACCCCUAGCUGUACUCCUGAAAGAGAUUUCCGCUGUUUGCAUUCAGUGCGAGAACGAGAAAGUGCCACUCAAUGGAGUAGCAGCAGAAACAAUGCGCCAAAUGAUACUGAAGCUACGCGGAGCCUCUGGUUCCAACCCAAUCGAGCUCGAAUGUGAUAUGUUUGGUCUCUCCAAAGAGGAAGAAACGAACUCUGUAAACCUAGGCUUUAUCCAUUUUGCACAGACUGAGCUCGCAUUAUUCAACGGUAAUGACUAUGAGUCCGCGGCAAAAAGAGCUCUGAAAGUGGGUGAUGAGUACUCCAAACUGAUUCCAGCCUAUCCGAUGUUCAUGGUCGAGCUGUUUCAUCGAGCGGUUCCACUCUUUGCGGCUGCACGUCUCACCAAGAAGAGACAGUACAAGGUGGAAGCUAGAAGACUUUUGAAACGAAUCAACAAGUGGAUCAAGGCUGGAAACGCCAACGUCCAGUACUACUUCUUGUUUCUUACAGCCGAGAACCUGGUAUUAGACAAGAAAUAUGACGCAGCCGACGAGAUGUACAACGAUGCCCUCGCCAAAGUUACUGCUAAAGGGCAUUUGAACCAUCUUGGAUUGAUCAAUGAGCGAUAUGCCGACUUUUUGAUUGAGGCACGUUCGUCAGAAGCAAGGGGGAAAGAACAUUUGAAUAAAGCAAUUCAAUAUUACAAGGAGUGGGGAGCUGAAUCAAAAGCGAAGAUGGUGGAGUUUCGACUGAGCACUUUGAAAUGA